CGCGUGUUCUGUAAUGUGACACAAAGAGCUGUCAAGAAGGGGGAGGGCACGUUACAACAUAGGUAAAAAAGCUCUUGAGUUGUUCUCCAAUGACAGAGGUCUGGGGUCUGGCGUUACAUUUGCCUUUUACUAAAGUACUUAGUACAUUCGGAGCCGAGCCCUCCAGCGUGGCGAUCCCCCAAAGCGGGGUAUAAAUACCGCAGUGGGUCUGAACGACGGGAUUUUUUUUAGCUGAAUCGAUAACAGAGGUUGCCAGUCGAAGAUUAGCGGUUUAAGCCAAAAAACUACUACAGGGCAACUCCCCCUGAAACGGGCUGCAAGAUGGAGAAGCCGCCGUUGCCCGAUGAUGAGGAUGGCAGUGUAUUGGCUGAGAGUCGAUCAGACACGGCUCUGGUGGCGGCAGAUGAAGAAGGGUCUGCGGGUGCUAAUGGGCAAGAGGACGACAGGCCAGCGUGGGACAGUAAGCUGCAGUACGUGCUCGCCCAGGUGGGCUUUAGCGUUGGCCUGGGCAAUGUCUGGAGGUUCCCCUAUCUCUGCCACCAAAAUGGAGGAGUCUUUAUCUUCAGGUUCCUUUAUGUUACUGUAUGUGAUGCUGUUGCUCAUUAUCGGGGUUCCUCUGUUCUUCAUGGAGCUGGCCGCUGGACAGAGCAUCCGUCAGGGCAGCAUCGGGGUCUGGAAGCACAUCUCGCCUCGCCUCGCUGGCAUCGGUUACUCCAGCUGCAUGGUUUGUUUCUUCGUGGCCCUGUACUAUAAUGUGAUCAUUGCCUGGUCUCUGUUCUAUUUGGGGAAUUCAUUCCAGUAUCCAUUGCCAUGGGAACAGUGUCCUGUAGAUAUGAUCUCAAACCAGACAGUGAAGGAAUGUGCAGCAAGCUCUCCUACCUCAUAUUUCUGGUUCAGAAAGGCUCUGGAUAUCUCAGACUCCAUAGAUCAGUCAGGAGAGUUUAACCCCGUCAUGACUGGUUGCCUGCUUGCAGCCUGGGCUAUAGUGUGUCUCGCAAUGAUCAAAGGCAUCAAGUCUUCUGCCAAGGUGAUGUAUUUCUCCUCUGUGUUUCCUUACGCUGUGCUGAUCUGUUUUCUAAUCAGAGGGCUCAUGUUGGACGGCGCUAUAGAGGGCAUCAAAUAUAUGUUUUACCCUAAGCUGGAGAUUUGGGGGGAAGUGAAGGUGUGGCGUCAGGCUGCUACACAGGUGUUCUUUGCACUGGGUCUGGGUUACGGCUCUGUGAUCGCUUACUCGUCCUACAAUCCUGUGCAUAACAACUGCCACCGGGAUGCCAUCAUGGUCUCAGGCAUCAACUUCAUGACCUCAGUAUUGGCCUCUCUGGUUGUCUUUGUGGUCCUCGGUUUCAGAGCCAAGAACAUUGCUUUGGAUUGUGUUGCAACUAAUGUGGCCAGGAUGGCAGGAAUGGCAACAACAGGUUCAACAGAGCAUUGGUGGCCAUGGUUCAACAUUUCAGACCCCAAAUCUGUGAUUCUUCAAGACUACAGAGAAUGGUACAGCCACUAUGGUAGUCUACUAGGGUCAAAUAUCACUGACUGUGACCUGGAAAGAGAAAUGAGCAAGGGUGUGGAGGGUACAGGUUUGGCAUUUAUAGCAUUUACAGAGGCGAUGGCAUUGUUUCCUGCAAGUCCAUUUUGGUCGACUUUGUUCUUUCUCAUGCUGCUGAAUUUGGGCCUCUCCACCAUGUUUGGCACCAUGCAGGGGAUUCUCACCCCACUCAUGGACAACUUCCGAGUGCUGGGGCGCCACAAGACCAUGUUGACGGUGUGUAGCUGUAUCCUUGGCUUCUUCAUUGGCCUGCUGUUCACUCAGAGAAGUGGCAACUAUUUCGUGACCAUGUUUGAUGACUAUUCUGCCACACUGCCUCUGAUCAUCGUUGUGGUUUUUGAAACCUUCAGCGUGGCGUGGAUUUAUGGUGCUGAUCGUUUCUUGGAUGAUGUGGAGGUGAUGCUGCACUGGCGCCCUCCGGUGAUUUAUCGCUAUUUGUGGAAGUAUGUGUGUCCGCUCGGCAUGGUGGGACUGCUGGCUGCUAGUCUUCUCCGCAUGGUCUUCAAACGGCCCACUUACACAGCUUGGAACCACACCACGGGAUCAGAAACUAGCCUUGAGUAUCCUGGAUGGGCUCUGGUCAUGCUUUCCAUGCUAAUCAUCGUAGCAUCUCUCCCCGUUCCCAUUGGCUACCUGCUCUCCUUCCUCAGAGGUGGACGGAGCCCACCAGUGGAGGAGGGCGAGAUUGAGCCUCCAAGAGAACGAUACUCCAAAUGCAAUUCCGCUGAGCCAGAGCUGAAUGACCAUCACUCCCCACUGGACGAAGACAGGAACCGGCCGCGCUCCUUCCUUCCACUGGGUGCUGAACACUACAGGCUGCUCCCGCAACAAGAAGAGGGAGAGGAAGAGGAAGAGGAAGACACUGGGCUGUAAGGAAAUGCAGGGACAAAAUUGAAUUCAACAGGUGUUUGAGCAGAAAACAAUAAGACUAUUUAUUGAUCAGUAUUGGAGUUUUUUUUUAAUGGAGUGGAGGGAGGCGGACUCCAUUUAUUCUCAUUAUGCUAAUGAACAUUCAUGAAAAAUAUUAGUCAGUCAAGGCCCUAUUUGAGAGGGACGCUUUUUGCAAGUGCACCAAUCACUGAAUUGCUUUGUUCUCGAAUCCCUACAUGUACAUAGUGAUGUGCUCCGUACCAAAAGUGCCUCUUAAAGGGACAGUUCAUCCAAAAAUUUAAAUUAGCUGGAAAUGUACUCACCCUCAGGCCAUGCAACAUGUGGAUGAAUUUGGAACAGAUUUACAGUUUCAAUCAUCUUCAUGAAAUUCUUUCUUACAAACAUGCAGAUUUUCACUUCACAAGACAUUAAUUGAUGGACAGGAGUUGUGUGGAUUAUUGUGAUGUUUUUAUUAGCUGUUUAAACUCUUAUUCUGACGGCACCCAUUCAGAAUAAUCUGUUAAUAAUAAACAAAUAAACAAACUCACCCGCAUCUUGAAUGGCUUGAGGGGGAGUAAAUUUUCAGCAAAUUUUCAUUUUUAGGUGAACAAUUCCUUUAACAAAUAUGCACACUUAGAAUUAUUAAUAUCAAAUUACAGCUUCUCCAAAGGACAGCAUGAUAUUACACUCAUGUCAUACAGAAAAUAGCUGGUGGAGGCAGUUUUUAAAAAUGUAUCAGAAUUAUCAAUGUUACUAGAAUACUAAUAUUUUUGUAUACUUUUCUGCAAGGAAAUGGUAUUUAGAGGUUAAAAGUUUCUUUGAGUAUGAAACUAUUAGUCUUUAACUUUAUUAAUGAGCUAGUUUUAGCCUAGAAAUGGUUCUAAUAUCAAGAGAAUAUUGUGUUAUAUAUUAUUAAUAGAGUUACCUGAAAAGUCAACAGUUAUGUCAUUGUCAAAUUAAGUACAUUAAUUAUUUUGUAGUUUUCAGUGAUAGUAAAAUACUACAAUGUUUUUAGUAAAGCCACAGAAUAUAAAUGAUCUGACUAUCAAAUGUCGCAGAUUGCACACAUACUGUAUUAAGUUAAAGCUACUUUGUCAAACAGAAAGCACCGCUCAUGAUUGAGCAUCACCCUCCCACUCCGAAUAUCUAUAUCAUUUCAUUUUCUGGUUUGUACAACCCCACUGGUACAUGUAAUACAAUGCAAUUUAAGCCAUGACUCCAUAAUGCCAAACUUUGACUGCACAGGAAGAAAAGGCUGUACAUUCAUAGUGCACAGUUUGCAGUAUCAUUGAAUUGUACUGUGAUAUCAGAAGAACAAUGCCAGAACAGUUCAAAUAAAUGACUGCUAUGUAGAUCCUCAGCUUGAAUCAGGUGUGUGAACACAAAUACUACAGAUUGUAGAUUUAUUUCAUGGUCCUUUGAUGGUUAUUAGGGGUGGGAAAGCUCAGCCUUUGGUCCGUCUCAGACCAGAAAGAUUUUAGUCUACAUUUUAGACUGAUCAAGAGAGGUUUUAGUCAUUAGACUAAACAUCAAAGCUUUUUUUUUUUUUUUUAACUUUAUGCUGUUGGUCAUGCUUGGGUUUGUGUGUAUACAUUAUAGGGGUGUUUGCAUGUUUACUUCAUUUGCGAAUAUUCUUUUUAUUCAUUCACUUCUGUUGUAAUGUAAUAUGACGGUACAUACAGAAUGGAUACUUUAGACUAAGGGUUUGUGUGUAUGCAUGUUAAAAACAAGAUUUUGUAAUUGCCAUCACAAUUUGUGCCAUGCUGAAGAGUCACUGUAUAU